GCUGUCCGCCCGCAGGAAGACAAGCUACGAGGGCGGAGAUAUGUUUCAUUUCAGAAACUAGCCACCGAGUCAACUAUCGCCCGAAUCCACACGACUUUAAGGUUUAACCGCGACGACAGAGCGCCUGUUCAGACCCGAGACCCGAGGAGAAAGCAGAAUGCCGGUGAAAGGCGGAGGAAGAGCGGCCUCUUCACCGAGCAAGAACGAAAAUGUCGGAAGCUCAGGGAUGGAAGAGACGGUCUGGGAGCAGUACACAGUAACUCUGCAGCGGGACUCUAAGAUGGGUUUUGGUAUCGCUGUGUCAGGUGGGCGUGACAACCCCAACGUGGAGAACGGUGAGACGUCAAUCAUCGUGUCAGAUGUGCUGCAAGGAGGACCAGCAGAUGGAUUACUCUUUGAGAACGAUCGUGUCAUUCAGGUCAACUCCAUCCCCAUGGACAAUGUGCCUCAUUCCUUUGCUGUGCAGUCCCUCCGUAAAUGUGGCAAAGUGGCCAAAAUAAUGGUGAAGAGACCUCGUAAGGUGGCAGUUCACUCCCUGAAGCAGCCUCCUUCCCCAAGUGGAGAGAGUUGGGAAUACACCCCCUCUAGCCACUACUAUGAUGCUGACAAUGACGGUUGGUACCGUGACGAAGGACGGGACCACACCUCUGACAGCAAAGGAUACCUAGACCCCGAGUACAGGGGAGGGCAGGACUACAACCAGAGAGGAAGGAGCCGUGGAAGGAGUCAGGAGAGAACCUCACCCAGCCCGGACAGAUCCAGGAGGGAUGGUAGCUUGGAAAGAGGUUUGGACACCAACACUAACCGUCUGAGGUACCACAGCCGAGGACGCAGCCCCGGGGACAACUACCGCAUGGAUGACAAGUACAAGCGAGGAGAAGGAGGAGGUAAAGGAGGGAGGUAUAGGAGCAGGGACCAGCUUAAUGACACCCCGCCAUCUCCAGAACCUUCCAGAGAGCUGGAGCCACUAGAGAAGCCUGUCAACGUCCUGCUGGUGAAGAACAGACCCAACGAAGAGUAUGGUCUUCGUCUGGGGAGUCAGAUCUUUAUUAAACAGAUGACCAGCACAGGCCUGGCUGCGAAGGAUGGGAACCUGCAGGAGGGAGACAUCAUUCUCAAGAUCAAUGGGACAGUAACAGAGAACCUCUCUCUCCAUGAUGCUGGGAAGCUGAUAGAGAAGUCCAGAGGGAAGUUGCAGCUGGUGGUCCAGAGAGACCGUCGCCAGAUCCUCGUCCGCAUCCCCCCCCUCGCCGACUCUGACUCUGAUAAUGACGACAUGUCAGAGAUGGAGUCAUACCAUUCCUAUUCUCCCCCAGAGGAGAGGAGGUCCCGCCAGUCUGACCUGUCCUCCCACUCUUCUAAUGAACGAGACAACCCCAGGGAAGAACCCAUGAGAACAGCCAAGAUGUCAGCCAUGGCCUCCCCAUUCAGAGUACCUGAAGACCCUCAUGCCUCAGCUGAUGUGGACAAAGACACACCGGUCACAGAGGAGCCUUCAGCUGCUGUAACAACCACGCCCAAGAUUCUCCUCAGACCAAGUCCAGAAGAUGAAAAAAUAUAUGGGCCGAACACAGUGAUGGUGAACUUCCAGAAGGGAGACAGUGUUGGGCUGAGGCUGGCAGGAGGAAAUGAUGUCGGCAUCUUCAUUGCUGGUGUUCAAGAGGGGAGUCCUGCUGAGGAAGAGGGCCUGCGCAUUGGAGACCAGAUCUUAAAGGUGAACAACGUUGAUUUUCAAGGUGUAGUGAGAGAGGAAGCGGUGCUCUUUCUGUUGGAGAUUCCUAAAGGGGAACUGGUCACUAUCCUGGCCCAGAGCAAACCUGAUGUUUAUAACGACAUCUUGGUGUCGGGACGUGGAGAUUCCUUCUUCAUCCGGACCCACUUUGAAUACGAAAAGGAGACUCCUCAGAGCCUGGCCUUCAGCCGGGGGGACAUCUUCAAGGUGGUGGACACCCUGUAUGAUGGCAGGCUUGGCAACUGGCUGGCAAUCCGUGUUGGCAAGGACAAGCAGCUCCUGGAGAAGGGUAUCAUCCCGAGCAAGAGCAGAGCGGAGCAGAUGGCCAGUGUCCAGAGCUCUCAUAAAGCUGUUGUGGGCGAUCGAGCUGACUUCUGGCGGUUGCGAGGCCAACGUUCCAUGAGGAGGAAGGACUUGAGGAAGAGCCGAGAAAAUCUGAGCACUCAGACCCUGGCCACUCGCUUCCCAGCAUACGAACGAGUGGUGCUCCGAGAGGCUGGUUUUCGGCGUCCUGUGGUUCUGUUCGGCCCCAUCGCUGAUGCUGCUAAUGAGAGACUGGCCUCUGAGAUGUCCAACCUGUUUGUUAUUGCCAAAACUGAGCCAAAAGACGCCGGCUCUGAGAAAUCCUCAGGUGUGGUUCGUCUGAACACCAUCCGACAAAUAAUCGAGCAGGAUAAGCACGCUCUGCUGGAUGUGACACCAAAGGCAGUGGACACCCUGAACUACACCCAGUGGUACCCCAUUGUCAUCUUCUUCAACCCAGACAGCAAGCAUGGCAUCAAGGCUAUGAGACAGAGGAUCAUCCCCAACUCCAACCGCAGUGCCCGCAAACUCUACGAACAGGCAGUCAAACUGAGGAAGACCUGCUCUCACUUAUUCACUGCCACCAUCGAUCUGAACUCAGCCAACGACGCCUGGUACGGCAGCAUCAAGGACUCCAUCAGAGAGCAGCAGAUGCAGGCUGUCUGGGUUUCUGAUGGCAAGCUGGAGGGAAUAGAGAGUGAUCUGGACUGCCAGGACAUGGAGCGUCUGUCCUUCCUGUCUGCCAUGUCUGCCGACUACCUCAGCAUGGACAGCCGGCUGACCUCUGACCUGGACGACACUGCCGACGAGGGGGGGCCCUACACAGACAUUGAGCCUGAUUUGGAGACAAUACACAUCUCCGCCAUCAGUCGCUCAUCUGAACCUGUCACAGCUGAAGAGAUCUUGCGCAGAUACAGUCCAGAGAUCAGGAGUCGUAUGAGGAAAAUCAACAGCCGGGAAGUCCUCAACAGGUCUAGCCCCCCAGCUGUCUCCUUACCAGACAGCAAGGUCAAACUGUCUCUGAGGGAUGAUCCAGUCUUUGUAUCUGGUGCCAUCAACCCACAUCAUCAUCCACGCCAACACCACCCUCCACCCCCAACCUCCAGCCGAAGUUAUGACUCUCCAUCCAGCAGCAGCCCCGCCAGCAGCAACAAUGACCCUCCACUGAUCUCCCGUCCAGCUGUCAUGUCUGGCCCACCUCCCCCGCCUCCAGCUCUCCUCCUCAACUCCUUCAGCAAACUGCGGCCCCUGGGAGCAACUCAACCCCCUGCCGCACCCACACACAGCAGCUGUGGGAGCAUGGCAGAGAUCGCAGUUCACUCACCAAUGGCUCUGCCCAGUGCAUCUGUAGCAGCCUGUAGGCAGCAGGAGGAGACAGUAGAUGAGAGCCCUGUGGAGGAUCCAGCCAUGAAGUCCUUCUUGGGGAAGAUCAAGGCCUUUGAGAAGAUGGAUCACUUCGCCCGAGCCCAAAGGAUACGGGAUUUGCAGGAGGCACAGAAUGCCAGGUUGGAAAUUGCUCAGAGGCAUCCAGACAUCUACGCUGUUCCUCUGAAGACUGCCAAACUGGAUGACAGUCGCCCACAGCCUAUUGGCUCCAGCUCCCGUCCUGAACCCCAGACUACUCCGUCCUCCAAAGAUGGAUGUCCCUUCUACCUGACCAAAGAGGAGGCAGAGGAAGAGGACGAGGCAGUACCCGGAUAUUACUCCGCCAACUCCUAUCAGUACCAAGACACUGAACUGUAGGGUCAGUACACAGGAACUGUGCCUGCCCUCAGCUUAUUGGCCAUACAUGUACACCUGCGCUGCACAUGCAGUCUAUCUACACACAUACCAUUCCAUUAUGCCCUGCACAAGUCAGCUGCUGACUUCGAACUGACUGUUGCUCUUUGAUAUGGAGGGAAAAGAACUUUUUUUUAGGAAGUUAAAGUAAUCUGCACUAUCCAUUUGGAUACAAACACACUGUCUUCACUUUACUUAUGUUGUAUUUGUUUCUUUCUUACUUCAAACUUUUAAAUGGUCAAAACUGAAUGAACAGGAACUACUUGUUUUCUUGCCUAUGCAACUCUUCAGUUUGUGCACAGCAACUGAAACCUUUUGCCACGAGUUUUGCUCUCACAAAAAAGUUAAACAAACACCCCAAAAAACACAAUGCGCUUCAUCACAUCUAUCGCUCUUCUUUUUUAAGCAAUCAGCAAAGGUUAGGUAUAUAUUAUUUCACAGAUUAUAUGUACACACACACACACACACGUCAUGUGUUUAUACUCUGUCUUUGCAUUCUGUCCUAAACAACAAUGCCUGAUGCCUGUGUAUACAUACAGCAUAUAUCUAUAUUCUAUCUAGUAACACUGGAAUUUGUUACAGUUUUUUGAAGUGCCUUUUACUUUCUUAGUCCCAUGAGGUUUGGGUUGUCCUUCCUCCACCCCUCAGCCACCCAGCCGGACUAAAACCUCUGCUGCUGUCAAGCUUAAAGGUAAACCAGGGAACCAGUGACACCAAAACCUUAAUGCUGUCCCCACAUGCUGUAAUGUCUGCUGUUACCGCUAGUGACAAAACAAACCCACAAAAAUACAGUACACACCCUUCUGCCAGUCCUAUCUGUAAGAAAGUGCAAACUCUGUCCAAUCUCUGGAAUUCAGUCAGGAACAAUGUCAGUCUAAGACCAGACCUUUUUAACUGCGAUCAUUAACAGUAGGUUAAGGUUUUAAUCUCUGUGGCUCAAGUAACUCAAGCAUUUAAAAGAGCCAGAUUUAAUGGCAAAAUCAAUUAACUUCAGUGGAACUGGCACAAUGAGUUGACCAGCUCACAGGGAUGCAGUAAAUGCACAAAUAUUUUAUUUCAAGUUCAGUUUUGGUGAACUGUGCCAUUAACCAAUAGUGAAUUGUCUUGACAACCUAUUUUACUAGAAUGUGCAAUUCUAUGUGCUGUUCCACUGUCUGGUGUGACUGGGCCUUAAGACCCCUUUUUCUUAUUUUUGCCAUCUUUGGUGCUCAGCAGUCAACUGCUGUGCUGUUUUUGGACUGCACCUCCCAUCCAGAAAUGAUUUGUCAGUCUGUGUGGCCCAGAGAAGUGAUGUCUUUUGCCUUGCAAUUUUUACCAGCCACAACAGCGGGACUGGUAUUGUUUUCACUGAGUGAGUGUGUGUGUGUACUUGAAUGGCUAAACAUUUUGAAGACCAGUUUGAGUUCUGAACUACUGAAGUGGGGACAUCCUUGGAAGGUGAUGACAUUUAGAUCAGUCCUCAAUUUCUGACACACCUUCAAAGGGCUGCUAUUUGAGGGUUAAGGUUUUAGGUUAGGAUUAGAUUUAGGUUAGGUUUAGCAUCAGGGUUGGGGUUAGGCAUUUAGUUGUAAUUGUUAAAGUUAGGGUUAAGGGCUUGGGAAUGUAUGUAUGUGUGUGUGCGUGUGUGUGUGUGUGUGUGUGUCAUCAUGGUAAAAUGUGGUCCUGGAGACACUUGCUGCAGCAGAAACUACCACAGUACUUUCAGUACUUUGGCAGGUGUCUUAAUGUUGGUGGACAGAUUUUGUCACCAAGAUAGCAUCACAACCACAUCACAACAGUCACGGACAUUUCCAGGUGUGUAGAUGAGAUCACAAUGGAGGUUGCAUUUGAAGAAGGGUGUUGUCCGAUAAUGUGAUACUGACUAAGAGUAAUGAGCACUUAUGGGUCAGAAUGUCAUGUCAUGGUGUCAUGGCUGGUGUGAUGCCAUUGCAAGAUGUUCUUUGGUUGUUAAAUGAAGUUUCUGCUGGUGAAGCCCUCCUCUCUCUGUUCGACCAUGUUGGCUAUCACUGCCUAUGCUAACAACCCACUGACAAAUGAUAAGGUUGCUCGUAUUCAUCUUUUUCUUUUUGUCAACAAAGCCCAAUGUUGUGACUUGAUGUCUCCUAACAAGUAGUGUGUGAAUAUCCAAAGCCUGAUAUUUAUUAUUCCUGUAUAGAGAGAGCUCACUCUUGUCCAAAAACUGUAAAUAUUAACAACAGCACUGAUUGACAUUAACAAAUUAAAAUAAAAAACAGCAAUGACCAGCUGUUUUAGGAAAUUGCUGAGCUUUUUUUUUUUUUUUUUUUUUUAAACAAAAUGAUCUUUCUGAGUGACAGAUUAAUUUUUGGCUUUGGUCAUUAUGUGGAGAUUAUUGACAAAAAGAACAAAACAGAAUAACACCAGCCUUAUCUUUUCAAAGCUGUGUCCAAUUUCAGAUCAGUUUCCUCAAAAAACUGAGUAAGCGCACCAGAUUCAGCUUUCAGUACUCUGGAGGUAUGGAUGAAUGGGAUAACUAGGGUCAUUGUGCCUAGAUUUUGGCACGGACUCCUCUUCAAGACCUCAAGAUCAAUAAAGCAAGGCCCACCCAAAGUCCCUUAUCCUGCCAUCUGAUCUGCCAUCUGUGGUGCAGAUUCCCAAGCCAAUUUACAAUGAAAUUAGCACAAAGUUGACACAGUAAACUUUCAGGGCCGAAGCGUAGUAGCCCUGUACCUAGCUACAGGGCUGGGCUGUGAUCUUGGUAAUCCAGCUUGGUUUUAAGGAUCCAUCUUUGUGGGCUGUUUCCUUCAAAGGGGGAAGGUUCUGAAUUGAGAAGCAGCUUCAUUUAUUAUUCCAAACAAACCAGUGACAUUACACACAUGACACAAGCACGUGUAAAAUCUUUAAUGAGCUGAGUGAAUAAUUUUUGUGUUCUAUCAGUCAUCCACAGAGUGGAGCAAAACAGAUUCAUUUCUAUGAAAAAAUGACAGAUUAUUAUGUUUAUUCUAUUAUGAUGUGUUUGAAUACUGGAAAGAGAAUUUGUGUAACCUCAUAGGUUCAAUUGUUGAAAAAGCCAGUAAGAGCACAUCAACAAUCAUCUCCAUCAACUGUGGUGACAGUAUGCAAUAAAAUAGUGUUGCACUAGUUAACAGAAAUAAAUACACCCAGAGGGAAACCUGUGUCAGGUGAGUCUGGUUUUGAAGCCACAAUUACUAACCCACAGUGAUGGAGACCCAGCUUUGAGUGGGAGUGUGUGGUCUGCCUCGGUCUUGGUGUCUGUAAUGGAGGCAGUCAGCUGUCUUUGUUCUGGGCUUCGCCAUCAGGGCAAACGUACAGAGUCCCACAGGUUUCAAAUAUGCCUGAUUGUAUAUCUCAGUUCACUCCUUAUGUCCAUGCCAGUGCUUUCUGUCAGAAGAACUGAUAAGUCACCUAACUUGGAUUGGCAUUGAGCUCAUGGAGAAUACUGUACUGUAUCCUGGCAGAUGGUUAUAUAAAAAUGGAACAGAGAGAAUCAGAAGGAUGACUGGACUGUGUCUGCUGAAUUUAAUUUUUUUUUUCAAUUAUUUACCUUAAAACACCAAAUAAAAUAAAGUCUUAACCA